AUGGUGACUAACGCGGUGAAAUAUCUGCUCACCUACGUUGUGCUUCCGCUGCUUGUAUGUAAUCUCCUGUUACGCAUAUUUGCAGGCAUAACGUUUUGGUUGAUAAAUCCUUUAAGAUUAGAGAUAUUUCAUUUACACAUCAGGGGGAAGUGUAAUGUUGGUUCGCUUCGAUUCUCACCACGGCACAAGAAAAUUUUUGUAGAGAAUUUGACGAUCUUUAAACCUAGUGGGGACAAGCAGAAGAAGCAAGACAGUAGUGAGACUACUUCAACGAAAGGUUUCGAGAAAAAGGAAGAUGCAAGGGAUAAAAAGUCUCCGAGAUUGCUAGAAAAAUACUUGCCCAUCGCACUUAGAAUUUUAAAUGGUUUACAGAUUGAAAUUGCCAAUUUGACUGCAGAGCAUGUGCAAUUGGACGUGGAAGAUUUUAGAGCUGUUGUCAAAUACCAACAUAAGAGUAAGAACUUUACCCUCAAUGCAGACGUUCGAGGUGCCAGAUGGAUUGCUCAAUCUAUUUGUCAAGAUUUUUCACUAAAUAUAUCUACUAAAUUGGCGUUGCAUAAAUUAGGACAGGGAAUUCCUUUGGAGAACACUGUGACAGAUAUAAAAGUUUGUGAUGUUUUAGUACCUAUGGAUUUUAUCCAGAUGAUGAAGGCAUCAACGCCGCCUUCUCAAAGUCCAUUGAAGGAACAAGUGGUCCAGCAGGAGCAUUACAAGGAAAGUACAGAUCCUGAUUUUGAUGCUUCGCUGGACGAAGCUUUACAAGGAAUGGGUAAAAAAGUCGACAAAGUUCGUAAAAUUAUUGAGCUAGUUUCUGAAGUAAAUGUAGUGAUCGAUAAGAUUGCCGUCAGGGGUAUUUCAAUGGCGCCAAUUCCUGAACUACGCGAGUUAGAUGAAGCUAUGACUUAUAAUAUAUAUGCUUCUAAUAUUAAAUUGGAAAUUCGGAAGUUUGAAAGCCAUAUGCCUGGUUUUAAGUUAUUGUUUGCUGAUGAAGAUACUCCUAUAAAAAUGGGUUUAACGAUUUCAAAUUUUGCUAUAUCACUUGAAAUGAAGAAGAAGUGUCACUUCCUAGGUAAUCAAUCGAUUAAAGUAUUAGAAACUCCGAGUAUAUCCUUAUUUGGUUCAUCAAACUUGAUAUCUCAGGAAUUCGAAUUAAGUGAAGAAUCAGGUUUGAAAAAUGCUCUGCUAAGUCUUCGGUGUAACGUUCUGUCACCAACAUUUGACAUUGACGUAAAUCAUUUGUCCUUUUACAAGACUUUCAAAAGGAAUAUAAGUGUUUUUGCAGGGUCAUUACAAGACACCAGUUGCACACCAGCACACCUGACGGCAACUGUUUGGAAGAAGCAUCUGAUGUUGUUAUUUUUCAAGAGGUGUCUUCCUUUAAUAGAUCUUAAAUUCACAUUAGAGGAUGCAAGAUUGUUAAUUAGCGAUGGAGAUGACAUGAUGAUUUAUAAAUUGACGGCACUUUUACUCAGGUAUCACACUGAGCGGUAUUUAUUACAUGAAGCUAAGAAGGUAAGCGGUGUGAAUUAUGACGGGCGGCUUGCUACAGAAGUUUUGGGAAUGAGAUUGGAACAUUUGAACAAAGCUCAAAAUUAUGAAAAGAGGAUAGCGUCUAUUGAGAGCGUUUCGCUGAGAGUUGCUAUUGAUGUGGUUCCGGAGUUUUUGAUGUCCUCUUCGGCAGAUUUGAAUGCUUUUCAUGUUGACGUUUCUGAUCUUCCCACCAUGAUCGCACUAAACAACAUCUUUAGGAAACUCGACAUUCAGAUGCAAGCUGUGGAGCAGCAUUAUUUUAAGCCACUGUAUGAGAAAUUCGAAGAAAGAUUGCAUAUCGCCGAAAAGCAAAAGGCGAAGGCUCAAAGUGAAAUGGAAGCGCCUGAAAUUCUUCCUAGUUCCUUCAUUUUCAAAGAAUUACCUUCGUUUUUCGACUUCGUCAAAAUAUCUUUGAGUAAUUUUUCUAUUUCAGUUGGUUGUAGAUCGGUAUUCAUGCCUCCAGAGGUUUUUUCUAACAUUGAUGCUCAGAGUCCAGAGGAUAUGGUUAAUGGUCAGUUGAGAAAGUUAUGUCAUAAGGUGAAUGAAGUGGAAAUGGUCUUUUUUGGUAAUAAGACUCAAUUCCGCCAGAAGGACGAAGGAGAUAGAAUUAGGAUGGUCAAAUCUUCACCAGAUAGCGAUUAUAAAUCGUACAAGGAUGAUAGUUUGGAUAAUCUUUCGGGCAGUGAUGCAACGGAAGUAGCACAUCUAUGGAACUUCGAUUUGUUGAUAGAUGGUGUUUCGUUGGUUGUAAUUGCGGAAUCACCUGAAUCUGUAAAUGAGUUGACUACAAGGAGAGUGUUUGAACUGUCGGUAUUCUCAUUGAAAGUUUUCCCAGAUUUGGAUCCUUACGAUAGCGAACUCGGUUCAAAAGUGCUGGUGAGAUUUGAUACCAAGAGAAUUUUCAGCGUUACCUCUUUAAUGUUUGGUUUUUUGAUAAUAUCCGGGGUACACACUUUGAAGCAGAUUUUUGGUCGUGAUAUAGCGCACAAAGAUAAAGAAUCUAUGGCGAAGAGUCAUUUUAUGGCGCUAUCUGAGGCCAAGAAAAAGGGUUGUUACAGUAACGUAAAAUGGUCAGAGUUGAAGCAAUUUUUGGAUAUUCAGUUUGUCGUCGAUAGAUUUAGUCAAGUGAUGGACCUGCCGAAUGGCCUGAAGACAAGGUUAGAAUUCUAUUCUGUUUUUCUCACUUUAGAAAAUAUGAACGAUAUCACGUUUAUGGGAGACUACGCUAGAUUGUGUGUCGAGUCACCAGCUGUGAAGAAAUACUGGGUUCGUCUUGCAACAAUAUCACAGUUUAAAGUUUUGGCUAGUAUCUCCAAGUUUAAAAGCCAGGCAAAGAAAGAUUCAGGACGUUUUGCACUAUUUGAGCCUUCCAUCAUUUUAGAAAAUGAGUCUUGGCAUUUUAAUAUUCCUCACCAAUUCGAAAUGUACAGACUAUUUGACAACAUAUCAACCGUAGUGAAGUCGUUCAAACAAAUGAUUUAUUCUUUUAAAACGUGUAAGAGUGAUGUCGUUGUUUUCCCGAAGGUUGUCGAGGCACCUGCGCUACCGAAAAUCAAACUGUUGUCUCAAAGGAUGCAUUUUACCAUCGAUGAUGAUCCUUUCGAAGCAGAACUAAGUACAAUCUUUCAGAUUGGUUUGAAGGAACAAAAGAUAAGGCUUGCUAAACUAAAAGAAUUUGAUGAACAAAUCCAGGCCGAGUUAGCGGAAAAUGCCAAGAAUCAGCUACGUGGUAAUUAUAAGGGGACAAAUAACAACAAGGGUACUGACUUAUUCCAUAGGCUUGUCUCCUUUGGAGGAAAGACUGCCCAUAAGAAAAUGUUUCACCGAAAUUUAAUCCCCAAAAUUAACGUACCGUUUAAUAUAGAUGAUGGUGUAAAGGAGGAGGAAGAUGUGGACGAUGAACCCAUUGUAAUGAAUGAAGAAGAAGUUAUUCUGCAGAGAGCUGCAAAUCUUUUCAAGAAGCUGGAAGAAAACUUCUCUACAUCAUGGAUAAAUCGCAUUAAACAAUUUAAGCACACCCAAAGGGAGUCGUUCUACAAUAAUUUCUCCUACUUGUGGGGUAGCAUCGAUUAUACGAAACUUCCUCCGGAUGUGAACCACCGAGUUCUUCCUUUCUCUACUAAUCCAUUUUUGAGUACUUUGACAAUUGAAGAAAUCGAUAUCGAUAUUUUCCAACCUUCCUUCGGUGUGGACAGAACUGCAGAUUUCAUCCAUGAUGUUGGUAAGAAAGUGCCAAGGGAUACUGAGUAUUCUAUCCUAAUACCAAUGUACUUGGACGCCAAGUUCCAAGAAGUUAGGUGGCAUCUAAGAGAUUAUCCCCUUCCUUUCAUUUAUAUUCCUCGACUUGAUAAUUCACAAGGUUGUGAAAGAACUUCCAUUAAGAUACAUGGUGAUUUUGUGGUUGGAGAAGAUAUUAUUCGGUCUGAAAGCGAAUUGAGAACCCUUUUCAUUCCCCUCAUUCCAUCAAUUAUUAUGGAAAAUACGGAUUGUUACUAUUCCCUGCUAAUCCCAAGAACAAUCACUGCUAUGAAAGUCUUCACUGAUUUGAAACUCGAUUUCAAUUCUAUGCAAACUACUCAGGUCACUUGGGGUGGUGGUUAUCAACCUGCGAUUCAGCAAACAAUGCAGUGUUUCGAUAACUUUUCGAAACCACCAUUGGAUCCUUCAGGUAAAACGGGGUUCUGGGACAAGUUAAGAUACCUAUUCCAUGCUAAGAUUAAAAUAUCGUGGAAGAACCACGGUAGAUUUGAGGUUGGGCUGAAAGGUGGUAAGAGCCCACAUAAGAUUGGAGCUGAUGCUGCGGGUUUCUUACUGGGCUUCCAUAAGAACAUUGUACUCACUGUAAAUGAAGACGGAGACCCUAGAAAGUUUGUAUCUUGCUCUGCUGACGAAAUUUACUUCAGCAUACCCAAUUAUUUUGCCAAGCCGCUGUUGGUGUGGUCUCGUCCAAGUAGUCAGACCGUUUUUGUACCGAUUCACAGCGAACCUACUCUGCAGGAUUACGCAUUCUUCUAUUAUUUAUGCGAUCUCAAUACCACUCUAGAAAGGAUCAAACAGGUGAAAGCCAUGGGAUUGCAUUACAUCGAAAAGACCGGUAUUAAAUUGACGGGUGGUGUAACACUGAAUAUUGGAACAAUCUUUGAGCGCCUUAUUUCAGGAAGUAGGGAAAGGACUUUUGAUUCCGUUCCACACUAUAAAAUUCGGCUAAGUAACCCAAUUUAUUUGCCUGACAGACGUAAUCACGACUCUUACGCGGGUUUCCGGAGUGAUUAUAUUCAUCUAUCUUUCACUUUGCUAUCUGCUUCAUCUUCCGCAUACAAUACACUCCAAUUGAGUCCAGCAGGACUCGUUACCUUUUUGAAAUGGUGGAAAUCGUUUGCAGGGAAUUUCCCUGUAAGAAGUGGUCCAUUAUUUGGUUUGCAGAGUAUCAGUCCCAAGUUUGGUGAUCAUUUGCGUACUAUAUCAUAUCGUGCGGACGUUUCCCCUCUAUUCGUUAGCUACACUGCACACAGUGUGGACAUUUCCCGAUUGACUAAGAAGGUGCAAUCAGAUGUUCGAGAAUUCGCAGGUGUUAAAGCUAAAGCUACCAAGUUUGUAAUGGACCUUCAUCAGAGAAAAGAAGUACUGAUUACCUUCCAAGAAGAACUCAACAGAACGAAGCAGAUUAUGAAGUUGAAUUUCGUGGGAGGAGAGGUUUUAGCCGAGAAACUGGAUAUUCGUACAGUUCAAGGCAAGUUCAAGCCCAUGAAAACCCCAGAAGACAAAAAUAGUGGUGUAUUUGAGGUCUUUGAUAAUGAUAUGGCUUGGUAUGAUGUCACAGAUUUCAAAGAAGCUUAUGCACUCGGUCUAGAGAACUACAUUCCUCAUGUGCGCAUUAAACCUUUCUUGUAUACACCGCAUUUUGUCUACCGUAAACGUGCUUCUUACGGUGAUAGGUACCAGGUUGAUCCAAAGGACCAUCAUUCUAUUCCUCCAUUUAGAAAUGACGUUUCCCAUGAUUGUACCUUAGGCCAUGCUGAGCACUUGCAAUUAGGCAUUUUAAAACAGAGAGUUCAUACUCUCAAAGAUUUGAGAACCAAGAAAGCUCAAGAAAACGGUGAUGCUAGUCAUAAGGACUUCAUGCAGAAACUUGAUUUGGAGAUUGAAAAAGCCCAAAAUUUGUUUGAGGAUUUCGAACAUAUGCAAAACCACAAAGGAGACUCUGCCGAUUCGCAUGAGUACCAUUAUGAGCUGCCAAAUCUAAUGAAGCGAUUUCUUUCGGAAUCGUAUGAACAUCGUUAUUGUGUCAAUUAUGCACUGUUGAGGUGGAAUGAGGAUACGAGGGACGCACUUUUUAAGUUUUUGCAUUAUAUUUCUUUGGCUCAUCAAUUCUCUCAACUUUCCGCUACCAAAUCCUUGCAAAUCAUUGAAGAUGUGGUGAAACAAAAGACUGAAUCGGUUUUAACUGAGGAAAAUCAUCAUCAUGGAUCAAACCCAACUAAAAAACCAACUAAAGAUAUUGACUGGGAUGCUUUGGAUGGAAGCAAUAUCAAUUAUAUGCUUUCAAGUAUUUUGGAGAAACACAUGUCCGAACUUGAGGUACCUGUCAAACAUAUUUUGCGCAACAACCACUUUGUUGAAUUUCUGAGUCCUCAGAUUCAAAUGGUUAGUCAUGAAGAGCCAGAUUCCUGUGUCAUGCUUACAUCUUCUGGUAUGAAAAUGGAGGUCGUUUCGUUUGACGGUGAUCUAAACGGUGAUGAAUAUAGAAGGAACACCAUGUUGAAACGCUAUGGUAUACACGUUGUUAACUCAAACGUGUUCCAUUUCCAUAGGAAAGACUUCAUGGAUCAUCCAGCCAUGUAUUUCGAUAUUGCCGCUUAUGGUCAUGUUGAAGGGACUUCGUGGCCACCGUGGGUAGCAUUGGAACUAUGCUUCGAUUCUAACCAAGUUCCGGAGGAAGCAAUUAUUAUUAAAGACCUUUCUUUCAUUCUGUGUUACGAUAAGCUUUCAGGCCUUUCGAGUUAUUAUAAUAUAAUGAAGGAAAGAUUGCAAAACAAAUUGGGCGGCUAUUUCCCAAAGGUAUCCAUUUCAUCAGAUUCAAAGACUUAUGCCUCUGUCUACAGGUUGGUGAAGACUUUAUGUCUCUACAGUGAACCAGACAGUGCUGAAUUGAGGAAACAGAUAGAUAAAUUGACGAUUGGAUUUGAUUUGGGCAAUGUUACAGAGAUGAGGAAUGCCAUCCAAGACUUACAUGAAAAUUUAAGGAUGCUAUCUACUGUGGAAAGUGCCUUUUUAUUCAAGCGACAAAUUCUGGAUGAUGCAGACAGAUUUGACUUCGAAAACGUUCAGAGCGAAAAACUUUAUCACCUAUUGAAACUCUAUAUCAUGAUAGAGGUCUUCAUUUCAAAUAGCAGAGGAUCCGAUGAUGGUGAAGACACCUUAUUUUGGGACUUCCAUGUGGGUACCAUAGGAUUACAUCUGCUCAUGGAAAGGGUCAAACCGUUCUUAGACGUAAAUGUUGAAGGUGUGCAUAUUGAAAGACUAGAAUCAUCUAAUGGAUUCAACAAUAACAAAGUUGUUGCGAAUGGAUUCCAUAUUAGAGAUAUGAGAGAAGGUGUCAUUUUUCAAAACGUCGUCGGUCCUCUCGAUUCGAAACAUUUGACAGAUGACGAAAAAGCUAAAAGCGCACCGCUUGUUUCUAUCGAAUGGCAGAUGGAUGAGCCUGUCGGUGGUAUAAAAGUUGCAAAGAGUGUUGAUACUAGAAUUACUGGACUAAAUUUAAAUUUAGAAAAUGAAAUGAUUACAAAAGUGGUACAGUGGUUUUUGCCGGAUGAGCUAAAGAAUUCAGUGCUAGAUGACAGUUCUGAAGAUAGUGAAUCAUCAGGUUUAGUAUCGGCAAUUGCAGAUACAGAGGACUACGACAUUGGUAGAGAGAUUGCUUUAGAUGAACAUAGUGAUUUAAAUGAAAUGGUCCAAAGAUCUUCAGAUUUCGUGAUCCUUGAGCAUCUGAACCUCAAUACCUUUAAAGUAUGUGUUUCUUUCAGAGGUACAGGUGCUCUGAGGUUAGCCAAUGUUACAGAUUUUGUCUACAAUUUCCCUACGUUAAAACUACAACAUCAAACUAUGCGUGUCGCUGAUCUACUAAUCAUUUUGAAGAAAGUAUUGAUUAAAGAUUUAGUUAAACAUACGGGUAGAUUUUUAGGUGCAAAAGUUACUAGGAGACGAGAUUCUGGCUCAGUUAGUGGUGAAGGAAAUGGUACUACGUCGAUAAUGGGGCCUAUGAAAAGGUUACCAUCCUUCUCUAGCAGCACUGGGAGUAAAUAA